AUGUCGAACUCCAACCCCGACGUCUAUCAGACGCCACCAACGGCUAUCAACAGUGAUAAAUCUCCUCCCCACACCACAACGAGCGACUUCGAAUUGGCAACGGAUAACUUGACUAAACGAAAUGGCAGCCCCUCCGCUUAUCCUGAAAAGGCGACUAUCAUUGAGGACAGCGAAGAAUCAAUUGCGGAUGAAUCGUCUAACCCAACCUACGACCAUACUCACCGGAAGCUCAAGCCCAGACAUAUCCAGUUGAUCGGUAUCGGUGGUAGUAUCGGGACAGUUCUCUAUGUCCAGAUCGGUAAAAGCUUGGCCAAAGGUGGUCCUGGUAGUUACAAUCUAGGUCUAGCAGAGAUGGUUACCUACCUGCCCAUUUCGUCACCCUUUAUUCGAUUCGCCAGCCGUUAUGUUGAUGAAGCCUUCGGUGUUGCAGCCGGUUACAACUUCUUUGUCUUCCAGGCUGCUUUGGUCCCCUUCGAGAUCACCGCGUGUAACAUUAUCAUCAAUUACUGGAGCGACGCGGUUCCAGUCAGCGGCAUAAUUGCCAUCGUCUUUGUCCUUUACAUACUCCUCAAUGUCUUUGCCGUGCAAUGGUACGGCGAAUCAGAAUUCUGGCUUGCUUUGUCCAAGGUCUUACUGAGCGUGGGAUUGAUCAUCUUCACGUUUAUCGUGAUGUUAGGCGGGAACCCGAAAGGAGACCGUUUCGGUUUCCGAUACUGGAAGAACCCGGGCGCCUUUGCAGAAUAUUACAAGCAUGAUGAUCUUGGCCGGUGGCUGGGAUUUCUUGCGUGUCUCAUCCAGGCCAGUUUCACGAUUGCAGGGCCCGAUUAUGUGUCCAUGGCUGCUGGAGAAACGGUCAGUCCUCGCGCUGUCUUGCCUAGGACAUACAACACUAUCUUCUAUCGACUCAUGGCUUUCUUCGUUCUGGGAGUCUUAUGUGUCGGCAUCCUCGUUCCCUACAAUGAUCAGACCAUGACCGACGCAUUCGCCAACGGCCUGCCUGGCGCAGCUGCGUCCCCGUAUGUGAUCGCCAUGGACCGGCUGGGGAUCCCUAUCCUCCCACAUAUCGUCAACGGCGUGGUUCUGCUGGCCGCAUUCAGCGCCGGAAACAGCUACGUAUAUUGCGCCAGUCGAAGUUUGUAUGGGCUUGCUCUGGACGGCAAGGCGCCGCGGGUCUUUACCCGGUGCACCAAACAGGGCGUGCCGAUCUACUGUGUGGGGAUUGUCAUGUUGAUUGCACUUCUUGCGUUCCUUCAAGUGUCGAAUGGCGCAUCCGUGGUCUUGGACUGGUUUGUCAAUCUCGUCACUGCAUCGCAACUCAUCAAUUUCACCGUCAUCACCUUCACCUACACUCGGUUUCGCAAAGCCAUGAUAGUACAGGGCAUUCCGCGGGAAUCGCUUCCGUACAGGAGCUGGUGGCAGCCGUACCCUGCCUAUAUUGCUCUGGUUUCGACAACCGUCAUGGCUUUUGUGGGUGGCUAUACGGUCUUCCUCCCCGGGAAUUGGGAUGUGCCCACUUUUCUCUUCUCCUACACGAUGAUCGGAGUGUUUCCGCUCAUCUACAUUGUGUGGAAGAUUGUCCACCGCACCAAAUUCAGGAAGCCGGAGGAAGUCGAUCUGGUGACGGGAUUGGACGAGCUUGCAGAGUACGAGAGGAAUUAUAUCCCGGAAAAACCGAGGUAA